AACACACCCCUGACCAGCCGUAUCACCUCUUACUGUACUACAAACAGCCUUCUCUCCUCUGUGAAGAUGUCCAGCUCUGUAACAACCACCACUAACGGGGUGGUUGUCAUCACCCAUGUACACCCCACUGGCAACGGGAUGGGGGUCGUGGGGGUCGCUUCUGCCCCUCACUGUUUGGGACAGACGGUUUCCUCAGUGCUGGGAAGUUUCCGGGCAGGGCAACCAAAAGCGCUGGGGACCGUACAGAUCAUGGUUGGUUUGAUGAUGCUGUUGACAGGAAUCGUGAUGGCUACAGGACCACAAGUAGACAAUAUUGGAGUAAUCAGCAGAAUAUUUGUCUGGGGAUCUAUCAUUUAUGUCAUUGCUGGCUCUCUAACUGUUGCUGCUGACAACAAUAUGAACACAUGUCUGGUAAAAGGCUCCCUUGGAAUGAAUGUUGUUGCCAUGGUUAUUGCUCUUACUGGCACCAUUCUGCAUUCUUUGGACAGUGCUGGGAUCUUCUUUUACAACUACUACUGUGACUAUCCAGACUAUCCUUCUUACUACCCUCCAUCCUAUGUCUGCCAACAGUAUUGGAGCUGUCUGCCAGUGCUGCCGUUCCAACCCUGAGUGUUCGUCAUUGGGAAUCAAAUACCGGUACCUCAUGCCUGCAUGACUCCAAGCAACGCACCUUUCCCUCCUCAGAACAACUACGAGACUGUGAUCUACCCAAAGGGUCCAGAGGGAGACGAUAUGGGAACCGGGUUUCAACAGAAACCACUGCCUCCACAAAACACUGCUUUCAUCCCUUGAGAAUUGGGCUUCUGUGAAUACAUUGCUCUUUUUCUUGUUAAAAUUGUGUUUUCUAGGGCUAUUUUUCUGAUCCAAGCCAGGCAAUGGUUGGCACCACAUCACUGAUCUGAAUCAUUUGAUAGCGUAAUGUACUGUAAUGUUUCAGUAUAAUGUUUAGGUUACUAUAUGGUUGAUUUUUUUUAAACUUCAUGUUUUUGUCAUUUCUCUCUUUUUUUAUUGAUAUAAGUUAAUUAGAAUUUAUUAUAUAAAAGUAUAGUACAUUUAUCAACUAACAUCAGCCACUGCUACAUUACAUUAUAUGAUAUUGAGGCAUCACUUUCUUUUAAUAACAUGCAAAUACAUAUUUAACUUAAUGUCUUCAAACAAGUCUUGACUUAAACAUUCAAAAACUGACAGAAAAAAACGUGAGUCACUUUUAUCUUUCAUACAACGUAAUUAAUGACAUUCAUAUUUUGGGUCUGAAAACAUCCUGAUAAGGAGGGAGUGGUGCUUGGAUGUUUACAUUGGGCAUUGGCCUAUAUCCUUUCUAUAUUGAGUAUGUGCAACAUUAAACAUCAUGAACAGUCAAAAUCAUGUUUCAUUAAAUUUUAUGAUUUUUUUAAAAAUAAACCAUAUGAUGACCAAA